CUGACUCAAGAAUUCAAGUUCCAGUCCAUAUUGAGGAUUUGGGACUCUCUUCUGAGUAGUCCAUUUGGGAUCCAGGUCUCUCUCUAUCUCUCUCUCUCUUCAUCUUGAUCUCUCCCCAAAUCGAUUUUCGAUAUAUUCUCAACAGUUGCGUGUUGUGGUUGUGAAGCAGGAUAUGCUGCUGAGGAUUUGUUGUGCAAUGUUAGUUAGCCUGAGGAGUAAGCUUCUGGGUGGGGAUUUUGCAGCCAACCUGAAGUUGUUGCAGCAUCUCCCUGAUGAGAUCGACAUAGAAUACCUCCUCCGAGUAGCUCGCGAUAUCGGUCCAGAUGGUUCAGCUCUGCAUUUUGAUAUGUAACCUGGAUGUUCUGUAUCCAAGGAAUUUCAGAUGAAGAAAGCAAGUGACACAAACACUAAGAACUGUAUGAAGACAGGGUCUGCACCAUUUAGCUUUUCACAUUUUGUUCUGCAGACAAGGUUGGAUAAAUUCUCCAAUAGGAGACAAUACACGUUUUUGGUGGAAUUUUCGUGUGAUCAAUGCAUCAUCACUUUUAAGAAAACUAGUAAACAAUGUUAUUCGAUUCAUACAUCUUCAAACACAUUCAAAUGUGGGUGUUUGAUGUAUAUAAUUUGUACUUCCAUUUCCAUGAUAUUUCAUCGAGAGCUCCGUGACAACAACUACAAAACACAGAGGAACUUGCAAAAUGUUUUUGGUACUACUCCUACAGCAACUGUUCUAGAGAUCUAAAUGUAAAAUUUGAUGAGAUUGUUUAUGAUUUGAUUUGUCUAUCAUCUCGUUGGACAAUUAUUUCAAGAUUAGGUCGUAAGGGUCGUAUGAUUGUCACCGUCCAACAUGCUAAUGAUAUUGGUAUAACAUUAUUUUUAUGCAAUAGCAUAUUUUUAUCUGUACGAUAUUUUAACAUACAAAAUUAUUUCGAAAACUGUAUUCUACCGUCACAGAAUGGUUGACAACAAUCAUACCACAAAAUAUCCUAUGAAUUUGAUAUGGCUUCCUAUACGAUUUCACAACCCUAGUUUCAGGCUUUUAUGGCUUCCUCUACUUCUGCUUAUUUAAAUUCCUGCCACUAUUCUUCAAGGACCAGGAUACCGUACCGGACCGGCCGGUCGAACCGGAAAAACCGGAAACCGGAGGUAAACCGGCACAAUAGAGCUUUGUACCCUUCAAUAACCUGCCGGGCGGUAUUUGCGGUUGGACCGCAAUGGGCCGAAAUUUCGGCCGGUUCAAAAAAACCCAGCGGUCCCUUCAUUUUACACAAACGGCGCCGUUUUAAUGAAAAAAAAAAACGGAAGGCAAGGGAAGCAGAGACGCAAAAACCAUACCUUCCUUUGGCUGGCCCUGCUAACGCCCUCUCUGCCUCUCGUCUCCCUCUCCCAGCAGCGCCGCUCUGCCUCUAGUCUCCCCGCGCCGCGCCGCUCUGCCUCCCCAGCAACCGGCGAUCAACACCACCGGCGACCGCGUCCUCCCCAGCAACCAAACACCAUCGGCAACUCGUCCUCCCCAGCAAUCGAAGGCAUCGUCGUUCACAGCCGCGCCGCGCCGGAGGAGAAACCGAGAAAGAGGAGCUUCGUUGGUCGUUCACAGCCGCGCCGCGCCGGAGGAGAAAGAGGAGCUUCGUUGGUCGUUCACUGGCUGGUUUCUUCCUCCUUCCGUCUCCCGCGGCUCCAAAUCCCUAGUGGCGGUGGUGGUGUAGCUGUACCAGCUUCGUUGUCUCCGCCGUCGACGUCGUGCCAAGGGAAGAGAUAAGGAUUUCCUACCCUGCGUUCUUGUGCCGCCAGUGGGACAACCCUGUCAGCGGGAUCACCAUCGCCUUAAGGUGGAGUUUACUUCUGCUCUUCCCCCUUUCCUUUUCCUCUCAUGCACCAUACUAAAAUCGCUUCAAUUGCUGGGUAUUCGUUGGGAAGAUUUUCAGAAUUCGAAUUCCCUUCUCCUUGCUGGUAGUUUGAUUGCCUUGUCCAUUUCCUUGCUCUGAUUCCAUGUUCUGUUGUGAUGUUUGUUUCCAGUAUUCAUGAUUUACUGGCUCAAUAGAUUAGUUGAUCUUAAAUCGCGGAGUCUUGGUUGCAAUUGGGUGCCUUAUAGCAUAAAUUGGUGUUUUAAUCAUGUUCCGUAGUUGAGCUUUCAUGUAAGAGUUGAACUUCCAUAUGAGGAUCUCCUUCACCAUCUUGGCUAGAAUUAUUUGAUAAUGAAUGCCCAAAACCAAUACUCGUUUAGGUUUUACAUGCCACUUUGUUGAAUGUUCCCGCUUAUUUACUCUUUUACGGUUUCUUAGGCGGUAUAAUCCGGUAUUAUUCCGGUAUUUUCCCGGUAUGGUACCCUAAUUUUAUCGGUACGGUUUUUUAACAGAAAAAUAAUUUUUUUAUUCCAAAAACGGUAUUUACCGGUAGGAAACGGUUGAACCAUGGUUGUACCAUGAUUUACCAUGCCAAAAACGAUUCCGGUUUGAUGUCCGGUACGGUUUCGUAAUCCAUGCUAUUCUUUCUUUUCCUACCGCUCCGCUCCUUCCAACUCCGUGACGUGUUAAUCGGUUCUUUUCUUUUGGCGCCAGUUUUGAACGUGAGGUUCUGGGUUUUGUCGCAAUCAAUUCACAGAGCAUUCAGCCUUUCUGGUAUAUUAGGGAUGAUGGCUACCGAGACUCUGCGAUUGGAAAUCAAAGAAGGUCGAAGCAUGGAGUAAAGGAAAAGAGAUGGCGAGUUCGAUAGUGCGAGAGAUAGGAAAUGCAGUGAAGAAAGCCGCGAGGAACAGAGGGAAAGGAUGGUACACGCCUCACAUGGCUGCUGCAGCAUCCGCUGUCGCGGGAAGAAUUGAUCUUGUUGAUGCUGUCAUUGAAGUUAGAGAUGCUAGGGUAAGUUGGAAGCCUUUUUUUGGCUUUGAAAUUGCAUGUCCACAACCUGUUUGAUGAUUUGCCUAACUGAAAGUGUAUUAAGGAUCUUGUGUGCUUCAGAUCCCUUUGGCGUCCGAGUAUCCACUGUACCGCCAGCGCUGCCCUUCCAAACCUUGGAUCAUUGCUUUGAACAAGAUGGAUCUUGCUGAUCGGUCCCGAGUUAAUGUACUUAGCUCAAGAUCAACUAUUUCCUUCUCUGUUCCCUGUUUGAUUUUGUUUUGGGAAUUGAAGAACUGAAUCAAGCUGUGGGAUUGUUUUUGGCCUCUUAUUGUAGGAGUGGAGCAAGUAUUUUGAGCAGCGUGAUUGCAUUUCUUAUCCUGUGAAUUCCCAUAACAAAGACAAUGUGAAGGAGGUCAAUUUUCCAUUUGCUCAAAGAUGCCAUCUUCUCUCGCAGUAGCUUGACAACAUAUAGUCGUUACUUAUUGAUUUCCAUUCAAUUUAUGUGCAAGCAUCUGUUCCUUCUCUCAUUGAAUGGAAUUUCUGAAAAUUGGGCGAUUGCUAUUUUGUUCUGCAGUUCCUUAACGUCCUGCAAUCACAAGUCCGAGCAUUAAACAAGGACAAUCCGGGUCAGACAAGGGUACUAAUGAUUGUAGGGAUUCCAAAUGUCGGGAAGUCGGCUCUUGCCAAUUCAUUGCAUCAGAUUGGCAGAAUAAGUGCUCGAGGUAGCUCUCUUUUCCUGUCUCUCUGCGCCAUUUCUCUCUAGUUUACAUUUUGAACAUCAAGUUUUUGUCUUUAUUCGUUUUCCAAGAAAGAGGAAAGUUCAGGUAUGCAACGGUGAGUCCACAUCCUGGAGAAACAACUGAUAUCAUUAGCUUGAAGGCAAGUAAUCUUUGCUCUGAUACAUCUUGUUGAUGAAACAAGGGGAAGGCCACAACACUUUCGCUUUAAUCUCAUAUGUGAUAUUCAUAAUUUUGGUGAACCACAUGUGUCGAAAUUUGGUAUUGUUGAAAACUCUAAUUAUGAUGAUACUGACCGUAGCAUGGAUGUAAAUCAGAACACGAUCUUGGCUUCUUCAGGAACUGCAUGGGAACAUCCCUUUUACAUUCCCCUUUCACUUAUAUUGUCUUCUCUUUCCAGCUAUUCUGGCUUUAUGGCUUACUGGGUAUGUGUUCUCAUUCUAUAAUGGAAACUUCCAGAUUGCUAGCCAUCCGAAUGUUUUUGUGCUCGAUACCCCUGGUAUAUUGCCCCCUGAGAUUCUCGAUGUGGGGACUUGCUCCAAGCUGGCUUUAACAGGUGCACUCAUUUCUAUGAUUUUUCCUUCUUCGGUUCUGGGUGCUGAUGUAAGUAUGCAAAAGAUAUGAAAAGGCACACAUAUGUUCCCAAUACACAUGCUUUUGUUCUUCAAAUUCAGGAGCUAUCAAGGACUGUUUGGUUGGGGAGGAGGUGCUUGCUCAAUAUUUCCUCGCUAUUCUAACCUUAGGCAGUGAAUACAAAAAGUGGACAACUACUGGAAAGGGAUGCCUGUAUAGUGAUCAGAAAACAGACGACUCAAGUGGUCUCGAGUCUGCGGGGAAAGGAAGAAAGCAUUCUUUGACCGAUCACACACAGGUAUGAUCAUUUACUUCAUAAAUGGGUUCAGGAAUCAUAAGAGUUCUUUACCAGUAAACUGCAAGUGAAUUAUUCAGAGUAUUUGUUACUGGAAAGGGCCGAAUAUAAUAGUUUUUGUGUUGCUACUCUUUUGUGUUGGCUUCCUUGAACCCAACCAUAGCUGGUGCUAUACAUGGAGAAGGAUAUUAUAUAUCAGCACAACCUAUCUUCACUUUGAGAAUGACAUUCCUGUGCUGUGUUCUUGCAGGAUUUCAUAGUGCAUGAUGUGCGCCAGAGUCUUUCCAAGGCGAUAACGAGUUACGAUGGCGACCUGCAGAACGAGAAGGAAUUGACAGAGCUCGUUGCGAUGCAGUUCACUGCUCUGGAAGAAGCAUUCCGCAUCCCGGGUGGAUUAGGCGAUGAAGGUCGCAGUGUCGUCGUAGCUUCUAAAGUACUUAAUCUGUAUCGUACAGGUAGGCUUGGACACUACAGUUUAGACAAUCCUGCGUUUAUAGAGUAGUGAUUUUGGGAGAUAGUUACAUUACAGAAAAAAGCAGCGGAUUCCAAAAGCACCACCUAGCUUUGUUGCCAAGUUCAUCAAAAGCAAUCAAUGACAUGGUGAAGUUGAAUGGCUUCCCCAUUCAUUUGAUCCUGAGCAUGAUGUUCUUUAUAUAGAUGUUGCUUGCUACCAUUGCUAACAGUGACAAGUCCCAGUUUUAGACCAUCCCAAAAGAAACAAAGAAAACAUAAUAGCCAUUACUUGAUAAUAGACAUUCAUCAUGUGCAUGCAUCCAGCCUCCUACCAUUUGCUUGUUUACUUGUUGCACCGAGAUUUCCUCGUUGAAUACCAAAACUUUAGUUAGUCCUCGGGCUUAGGGAUGGCAAUGGGUCGGGUCGGGGACAGAUAGUGCAUAUCCGUUACCCUACCCAAAGUAGUUUGGGUUUUACCCAUACCCAUACCCACAUAUGAAACGGGUAGAAAACUAAAACCAUGCCCAUACC